GAGACGUCCACGGCGAAAACCAGGAAGGUGCUAGGGAUUGAAGACCCUCCCGGUCAACAGGGGAGUCGCGUCUUGUGUAUCAUUGUGUUCAGGAAGUUUCGUCCAAUCACGUCGCUGAGCAGGAAAAAGUUCCUCACUGCAUGGUGGCAAGCCGUUGUCUGUCAUUUUACCCUCUGGAAGCACGGUAUCUAUAGCUAUCACCGCGACGUCAGUCCGAAUAAUCUCAUGGUGUACUGGUUGAAUGGCAAAUGGGUUGCGGUCCUCAAUGACUACGACUUGUCAUCAAUUUUACGCGAUCAUGGGCCUCGCGGCAACGAGCGCACAGGAACGGUGCCAUUCAUGGCAAUUAACCUGCUCCGGCCAAAUGCUCGAGUCACACACUUGUACCAGCAUAACGCUGAAUCGUUCAUCUGGGUCCUCGUCUGGGUC